AUGGCAAACAUUUCAAUUCCACUCCCACGAACCGGUUGGUUGUCCACACGCAACUGCUCAACCAAACGUCCAUCUUUCGCCAAUUCAGCUCCACCUUUCAGAAUUACUUGCUCUGUUGUAGGAGAAGGUGAGUUAGAUGGAUCUGAAAAUAAAGCAAGGUUGUUUAGUUUUAAUACAAUCAAGGGUGUUGCUUGUGGUAUUCUUGCAGCUUAUGCUGUUACUUGUGCUUCGUUUCCCGUUAUUGCUGCUACUCAGAGGCUGCCACCGUUGUCAACUGAGCCCAAUCGCUGCGAGCGGGCAUUUGUCGGCAACACAAUUGGUCAGGCAAAUGGCGUGUACGACAAACCAUUAGAUCUCCGAAAAUGUGACUUUACAAAUGAAAAAUCCAACCUAAAGGGGAAGACACUGUCUGCAGCACUAAUGUCCGAUGCCAAGUUCGAUGGCGCUGACAUGACAGAAGUUGUAAUGUCCAAGGCUUAUGCUGUUGGAGGCAGCUUCAAAGGUGUGGACUUCUCGAAUGCAGUGUUGGACCGCGUUAAUUUCGGGAAAGCUGAUCUCCAAGGAGCUGUAUUUAGGAACACGGUUUUGUCAGGCUCGACCUUUGACGAAGCAAAGCUGGAAGGUGCUAUUUUUGAGGACACUAUCAUUGGUUACAUUGAUCUCCAGAAGAUAUGCAGAAAUACGAGCAUCGGCGAGGAAGGAAGAGCGGAGUUAGGAUGUCGAUGA